GUGAGGAGGUGGAGGGUAUUCAGAGCAGAAGCAUUCAUUAAGUGCCUACUGUGUGUCCUGCAGGGCUAUGGUUUAUAAGUGAGCUAGAGAAAAGGCCACAGUAAAGGCAGGGAGGCCUUAAGACAUCAGAAGAUCGGGCUUUGGGUCCGCCCCCGACCCAAGGGUGGCAUCUGCGAGCUGAAAGGACUUCCGUUACAGGACAUGAAGCGCUUUGCACACACAAAAUCUGAGCCUCACAACACUAGGUCUUCUUAUGCCCAUUUUACUGAUGGGGAGAUUGAGGCUUCUAGGGAGCAGAUUUGUCCUGGAAAGGGCAGAGACUCCAACCCAGGGCCUACAGAAUUCCAAGGUGGUUGGUGAGCACUCCCCCCCUCCCCCCCUGCGCUGUGAUUAUUAUUCCCAUUUAACAAAAGACGAGGACGAGGCCCAGAAGAGAAAGGCAGGUGACUUGCCCAGGGCUCAGACGGCACACUUCAACCAUUUCUUUCUCCGCGUAGAGACUGGGGUGCCCCUUACUGACGGGACCGCGUCUCUCCCUGCUACAUUCUUCAGCCCCAGCUCACUCUCCCUUUAAAUCAGCCGGGAAAGUAGAAGGAAAACGCCGGGGCGCUGUGACAUCAUAUCCGGUCUUCGCGGCCUGUUUCCGGAAGGAGCUCCGCCGGCUCCGACAAAGUGAGGGCGGUAUGGCCAAAAGAACGUGAACCGCGAGUUUCGGGGGUUCGUGGGGUGGCGCCUCACUCGCAGAAGCGGUCGUGAGAAGUAGAAAAAUCAAAAUAACAAAGGCUUGUAGCAGGCCUUUCGACCGGGGCCUUCUGUCUUCUGGGGAGAGGAGCUAAGCGUGGGAACUCAGGGUGCAGCGCACAGUCGGCCUCUACGCCCAAGAUGCCCUGCCUUAAAGACCCGGAAAAGCACUCCGCACCUUCUAGCCCGCGCGCGCACGCCCCCUAGUGCGCAGGCGCACUGUACUGGCUGGCGCACUUUCUCUUGCGUGCGCGCGCUUGCACGCACACCCUCCAGUCCACAGGUUUACCACCAUCAGGUCUCCAGUUUAGACGGGCUAGCCUGGGUCGGUUUGUGCCACCUGACCCGUGUGGAAGCUCUUAGCGGGGCCGCGCACGCGCGCCGUUGUUCCCAGAGCACGUUGAGGUGUUGGAAGCGCUUUCUCUGUGAGCUCCCCGAGAAGCGAAGGGGCAGCACAAGGUUAGAUCCCCUGGAGACUGGCGGCCUCGGGGCGGGCCGGUGAACGAACGAACGAACGGAUAUAUGUGUGAACGUGCCUCCAGGCUUAGAAGGCCAUCGACCUGCAUCCGGCUGUGCAUUGAAAACCCAAGUAGUCAGGGAUCUCCGCCUCUAGCAGCUUUUUAAGUACUUGGAGGAAAGAGUGAAAAAUCAGCUGGCUGAGGGUAGAAUUCGAACCUAGGGCUGGUCCUUCCUUCUGCAGAGAAUGAGGGCAGAGCUCGACAACCCCAAUCUGUCGAGCCUUUUUAAAAAAAAACCUACUAUAUAAUUAUUCUUUUUUUUUUUUUAAACAUCAAACUAAUGGAGCGUUUCUGUGAACGAAAAAAGGAAGGAAAAGCGGCUCGUCAAGCUGCCCCAUUUCUUCCUUCCUUACAUAAUAAAUGCAGCACAUAACUUGGCCUUCCCUCCUGUGGUUCCCGUGGUGCAGGGUUCGGAGGCCCAGCUGGCAGCUUCUUCCUCCUCCUCCCCCUCCCACCCGGGGAAAAGGGGACCAAACAAGGCUCUGUCUAUCCCUCUCUCCUGCCUCUAGACUUUCCAUUCAGUCCGAAGGAGCAGCAGGUCUAGUCCAUACUAUGAGACGCGAGACUGAAAACAAGGCACCGGCAGUGGCCACGUUCCAGAGAAUUGUGUACAGAAAUCCCUCUGAGCACCAUUACAUGAAAGUCCAGCUGGAGUUUCAAGAGCAGGGACCCCGGCUGACCGCUGCCCAGUUCAAGCAGCUCAUUGUGGUGGCCCUGAAGGACCUGUUUGGAGAGGUCGGUGCUGCCUUACCCUUUGACGUCUUGACCUAUGAAGAAAAGACCUUGUCAGCAAUUCUGAGAAUCUGUAGCAGUGGCCUUGUGAAGUUGUGGAGCUCUCUAACACUAUUGGGGUUCUAUCAGAACAAGAAAUGUGCCUUCAGAGUGCUGCAGGUUUCUCCAUUUCUCCUUGCAUUAUCUGGUAAUAGUAGAGAAUUUGUAUUAGAAUAAUAGAAAUUGGAAUGCAAUUCGAAGGAACUAUCUGGCUCUGAACUUCAGAAACAGUCUUUCCCAGCCAACCAUGCACGCGGCAUUUAUAGACUGAAGACACUGUAGCUCUGGUUUGUCACUGUUAAAAUUUAGAAAGAUGUUCACAGUAGUUUCCAUUCGCCAAAUUUCCCUGACCACAAUUGGGCCGAGAAUUCUGGGCCUGCCGAGGCUGGACAAAAGAAGGCCCUGUGGUGCUCCCUGGAGCAGGCGGCCGCUGCGAUGGCUGAGCGUCAGAGCUGGAGACUACGCUGAGCUCACGAAGGCUUUCACCCAGAGGGACGUGGUCACGUUUUCAGCAUUAACGGGCGACACCAACCCCCUGCACCUGAGCGAAGACUUUGCAAAGGGGACCAAGUUCGAAAGGCCGAUUGUCCAUGGAGUUUUGAUCAACGGACUCAUUUCUGCCGUUCUGGGCACAAAAAUGCCUGGGCCCGGCUGCGUCUUUAUUUCUCAGGACAUCAGCUUCCCGGCCCCGUUGUAUGUGGGAGAAACGGUGGUAGCGGCCGCCAAAGUGAAAAAGCUGAAGAUGGGGGUGGCCUUUGUGGAGGUGUCGUGCUGUGUCCCAGAGAGAGGAAAAACCGUCAUGGAAGGCACGGUUAAGGUUCGGGUUCCAGAAGCCCGGGGUUCUUGAGUUGUGAGUGAAAGCUGUUCCAGAAUCGGACGUGUGUGUGUGUGUGUGUGUGUGUGUGUGUGUGUGUGUGUGUGUGUGUGUGUGUGAGAAAAUUAAAGCACAACUAGAGAAAAUCGUGGA